CAUGUGAAUAUGGCGCAGCUGCGACGUCAACUGUUAUUACAUGAGAAGCUGCCGUAGUCACGGCUAUUGUCAGGCAUCAGGCUAACGGGCUAAGGAUAACGCAUUGCCAUCUUUCACCAAAGCUGCGUUUAGAUAGAGCGGAUUUGUGCGAGCUAUAAUCCGCCUUUAGGUUAAGAGAGAAAGGGUUAAUGACCAGCGUGAGAUAUGAAUAAAUAACCAUUCCGGUGGUGGUGGCGAUGCUGCCGCGCUGAGCGGAGGGGGGUGGGGGGAGCGCUUCCCGUACGCAGAGAUUAGGAUACAGAAAACACCGAUCUGACCGCUUGUGAACGUCGAAAGACCGCAAAAAGGCAUCCACAGGGCUACAGAAAAAAAUGCAUUAAAACUGAAUGAUCAAGCGAACCUCAUUUUGUUUUAUAUGACAGACCAUAUUUUAAGUUUCGCGUUAUUCAUUCGUCAUGACGUAUAGACUAGCUCAAUAUAUAUCGGCUGCAAUGAUCUGAGAGAUGAAUUGAACUUUCACUGAUAUUUUUCCAUGAAAACGAAUAAAUUGUGUUUGAAUUCUUGGGGAUUUUACCAAGAUAAUGUGGAUACCGACAGAGGAAGAAAAAUUUGGAGUUGUCAUCUCCAGUUUCCGUGGCGCCCUGUCCCAGGGGCUGGUGCUGGAGAUCGGGGAGACGGUGCAGAUUCUGGAGAAGAGUGAUGGCUGGUACAGAGGGUUUUCCACCAAGCGGCCUGCAAUUAAGGGCAUCUUCCCUGCGAGCUAUGUGUUCCUGAAAAAGGCAGUCAUUACCAACAGGGGGCAGUACGAGACGGCUGUGCCCCUGGAGGACCCCAUCAUCACUGAGGUCACCUGCACGCUGCAGGAAUGGGCCAUCCUGUGGAAGCAGCUCUAUGUGAAGCACAAGGUGGACCUCUUCUACAAGCUGCGUCAUGUGAUGAACGAGCUGAUCGACCUGCGGAGACAGAUGCUGUCGGCCCACCUGAUGCAGGAUCAGCUCCGCGAGGUCAAACGCCACAUCACUGUGCGCCUGGACUGGGGCAACGAGCACCUGGGCCUGGACCUCGUCCCCAGGAAGGAGUACGUGAUGGUGGACCCGGAUCAGUUCAGCAUCUCAGACCUGUACAGGAUGCACCUGUCCAGUCGGCACAGCGUCCAGCAGAGCAUGGCUCAGGGUGACAGCGGAAAGAAGGGCCAUGGCGACGCGAGCCGUGUUUUGGUGCCACACCACCUGUUUGUCAGCCUGAAGAGUUUCACCUACAACACCAUCGGCGAGGACACUGACAUCUUGCUCUGCCUGUACGACAACAGGGAGGCCAAGCCCAUCAGUGAGAAGUUCCUGGUGAGGCUGAACAAAAACGGCGCCCCGAAGAAUCCAGAGAGGGUCGACCGACUGUGCGCUCUCUUCACGGAUUUGAGCAAUAAGGACUUGCGGAGGGAUCUCUACAUUGUGGCCCAUGUGGUGCGGACAGGCCGCAUGCUGCUGAACGACUCUAAGAAGGGCCCGGCCCACGUGCAGUACCGCCGGCCGUACGGCUGCGGAGUUCUGGGUCUGAGCGACGCACUGCAGUCCCUCUCUGAGCUCAAAGAGGAGAAGGACUUCGUGCUCAAAGUGUACAGCUGUAAUAAUGAAAAUGACUGGCACCAGAUUCACGAGAACAUCAUCCGCAAGUCCAGCACCAAAUACACCACCCCGAGCAGCAGCUAUGGGCUGAUUGUGUCUUUGCAGCUUUUGCGGGGGGAGAUGGAUCAGGUUCGGAGGGAGAUUCCCGCCAUCUUUAACCGCGGUGUCGCCAUCACCCGCAAACUGGGCUUCCCUGACGUCAUCAUGCCAGGUGACACGCGGAAUGACCUGUAUCUGACCCUGGAGAGAGGGGAGUUUGAGAGGGGUGGUAAGAGUGUUCAGAAGAACAUUGAAGUCACUGUGUACCUGCUGUACGCCGAUGGAGAGACGCUCAGAGACUGCAUCAGUCUGGGCAGUGGGGAGCCCAGUCUCAGUGAGCACCGGUCCUUCGUGCUCUACCACAAUAACAGCCCCCGCUGGAGCGAGACGCUCAGACUGUCCGUCCCCAUCGAGCGCUUCCGCGGAUCCCACCUGCGCUUCGAGUUCCGCCACUGCUCCACCAAAGAUAAGGGGGAGAAGAAGCUGUUUGGAUUUUCCUUCACCCCUCUGAUGCGUGAGGAUGGAACCACCCUGUCAGACCAGAGUCACGAGCUCUAUGUGUACAAGUGUGAUGAGAACACCACCUUCAGUAACCACGCCCUGUACCUGGGCCUUCCGUGCUGCAAGGAGGACAUCAGCAGCUGCUCCAGCAUCCCGGCCAGCCUCACCUUCCAGCGCAGUGCCAAGGAAAUGCUGUGGGUCUCCACCCAGCUGUCCUCCACCAAGCUCACUCAGAACGUGGACCUGCUGGCCCUGUUGAAGUGGAAAGCCCACCCUGACAGAGUGACUGACAUCCUGGGUCGACUGCGGCACAUCAGCGGGGAGGAAAUAGUCAAGGCUCACCCCUGGCCCCCCCAGGCCCCCGGGGGCCCCCCCGCAGCCGAGCAGCCCAGUGGCACUACGAGCUGCAGUCAGCCUGUGAGCUCCAGCGCCCCACGGCCCUCCCCUCUCUCAGCGGCGCUGCUGAACUCUUUCCCGGCGAUCUUCGACGAGCUGCUGCAGAUGUUCACGGUGCAGGAGGUGGCGGAGUUCGUGCGGGGCACGCUGGGGAGCAUGCCCAGCACGGUGCACAUGGGCCAGUCGCUGGACGUGGUGAAGCUGCAGUCCAUCGGCCGCACGGUGGACAGCCGGCUCUUCUCCUUCCCAGAGUCGCGGCGGAUUCUCCUCCCCGUCGUCCUGCAUCACAUUCACCUGCACCUGCGGCAGCAGAAGGAGCUGCUGGUCUGCUCUGGGAUCCUACACAGCAUCUUCUCCCUGAUCAAGAGCAGCUCUGAGGAGGUCUCCGUGCAGGAGGAGGUGGAGAUGAUGAUGGAGAGCCUACUGGACGUGCUGCUGCAGACCCUCCUGUCAAUCAUGAGCCGGUCCCAGGCCCAGGAGGCGGGGCGGAGCCAGCGCUGCCCGCAGUGCACUGCUGAGAUCACCGGCGAGUACGUGUCCUGCCUCCUGUCUCUGCUGCGCCAGAUGACCGACGUUCACUUCCAGCACCUGCUGAACACCUUCCAGAGCACCGAGGAGCUGAAGGACUUCCUGUUGAAGAUCUUCUGUGUGUUCCGUAACCUGAUGAAGCCCAACAUCUUCCCCAGAGACUGGAAUGUGAUGCGGCUCCUCACCAGCCACAUCAUCGUGACCACGACCCAGCAGCUGUCCCCUGCUCUGCACAAGAACUUCACAGAGACCGACUUUGACUUUAAGGUGUGGAAUUCCUUCUUUAGUCUGGCUGUGCUCUACAUCAACCAGCCCUGCCUACAGCUAGAGGGCCUCACCCCAGUGAAGAGAAACAAAGUGCUGGACAGGUAUGGGGACAUGAGGGUGUUGAUGGCCUACGAGCUCUACAGCAUGUGGCAGAACCUCGGGGAGAACAAGAUGCACUUCAUCCCUGGAAUGAUCGGGCCGUUCCUGGGGGUGACGCUGGUGCCGCAGGGUGAGGUUCGAGACAUCAUGAUCCCCAUCUUCCAUGACAUGAUGGACUGGGAACAGGGCAAGAAUGGAAACUUCAAACAGGUGGAGGCGGAGCUUAUCGAUAAGCUGGACAGCCUGGUGUCAGAGGGGAAAGGAGACGAGAGCUACCGCGAGCUGUUCGGCCUGCUGACCCAGCUCUUUGGACCCUAUCCCAGCCUGUUGGAGAAGAUUGAGCAGGAGACGUGGAGGGAGACGGGCGUGUCCUUCGUCACCUCCGUCACACGGCUCAUGGAGCGGCUGCUGGACUACAGGGAUUCUUUGAAAGGAGAUGAGAUAGAGAGCAAGAAAAUCGGCUGCACUGUGAAUCUGCUGAACUUCUACAAGUCAGAGAUCAACAAAGAGGAGAUGUACAUCCGACACAUCCACAAGCUGUGUGACAUGCACCUGCAAGCGGAAAACUACACAGAGGCAGCCUGCACCCUGCUGCUGUACUGGGAGCUGCUGCAGUGGGAGGAGACGCCCCUCAGGGAGUUCCUGCAGUACCCCGCCCAGAGCGAGUGGCAGCGCAAGGAGGCGCUCAGCCGCAAAGUCAUACACUACUUCAACAAGGGCAAGUGUUGGGAGUACGGGAUUCCUCUGUGCAGAGAACUGGCCUUCCAAUAUGAGCUGCUGUAUGACUACCAGAGCCUGAGCUGGAUACGGAAAAUGGAGGCUACGUACUACGACAACAUUGUGCAGCAGCAGAGACUCGAACCCGAGUUUUUCAGGGUUGGAUUUUAUGGCAGGAAGUUCCCGUUUUUUCUCAGGAACAAGGAGUUUGUGUGUCGGGGACAUGACUACGAGAGGCUCGAAGACUUCCAGCAAAGGAUGCUGGGAGAAUUCCCACAAGCCAUUGCCAUGCAGCACGCCAACCAACCCGAUGACACUAUUUUACAGUGCGAUUCCCAGUACCUGCAGAUCUAUGCGGUGACCCCUGUUCCAGAGCUCGCUGAAGUUCUGAACGUGGACCGGGUGCCGGACCGGAUCAAGAGCUUCUACAGGGUGAACAACAUCCGCCGCUUCCGCUACGAUCGGCCCUUCCACAAGGGCCCCAAGGACCGGGACAACGAGUUCAAGAGUCUGUGGAUUGAGAGGACCACGCUGAUCCUCUCUCACCCGCUGCCUGGAAUUUCCCGCUGGUUCGAGGUGGAGAGAAGAGAGCUGGUGGAGGUGAGUCCUCUGCAGAACGCCGUGUCGGUGGUGGAGAAGAAGAACCAGGAGCUGCGGUCUCUGAUCAGCCAGUACGACAGCCGGCAGCUCCACGGCAACAUCAACCUGCUCAGCAUGUGCCUGAACGGAGUGAUCGAUGCGGCCGUCAACGGGGGCGUGGCCAGAUACCAGGAGGCGUUCUUCGAUAAGCAGUACAUCAGCAGCCAUCCUGAGGACACAGAGAAGAUCGCUCAGCUCCGGGACCUCAUGCAGGAACAGGUCCAUGUUCUUGGAAUCGGACUGGCUGUUCAUGAGAAACUGGUGCACCCAGAAAUGCGUCCCCUGCACAAGAAGCUGAUAGAUCAGUUCCAGAUGAUGCGGAGCAGUCUGUACCACGGGCUUCCAGGCCUGGAUAAGCUCAGUCCAGUGUGCUCCGGAGCCAGUACUCCCCGCGGCAUGCACUCCUCACACAACCCAAUGAGCCCAGAGAGCAUCAAACUACUGCACCGCCACAGUCCCUUGAAUCUGCAGGGUUCUGUGCAUCACUCCUCUUCCUCCCUCUCCUCCUCCAGCGAGGCGGGUAACCUGCUCAUCCUGACGGACAACCUGGGGGCGGAGCACCCCGAGGAUCUGUACCGCAUUCAGCCAAGCCCCUCCUCUUCCAGCCUGAGCUCUGCCCACUCCACCCCAUCUCAGCUGAUGAGCUCCGCCCCCUCCAGUGGCAGAGGUUCCCCGUCCUUACCUGACCGGUAUAAACAUACCCGGGAGAUGCUCAUGGUCCUGCCCCCUCACCGAGAUCGACCAAUCGGUGGCACAUACUCCUCCGUGAUGGAGAAUGGACAGCCGGGGGGGUACCAGCGCCCUUUCCCUCAGCAGGCCGUCAGCCCCUGCAAGCCCUGUGGAGACCCCGCCCAGGGAGACAGAGUUGUCUCCUCAGUUCCCAGCAGCUGGUCGAUGACUCUGGAUGGUGGGGGCGUCCGAGAGCCCCUCCCCCUCCUGCAGACCCACGGAGCCCCCCCUGUGCCCCCCCGCAGCCUGCCUCCAGGGCCCUUCCUGAUGCACUACGAUGGUUUCCAGGGCAACGACUUCCCUCCUGCCCUCCCCGUUCGCUCCUUACGCAAGUCCCCCCUGCACCCCGUUCUUGCCUCGCCCACCAGCUCGCAGUCGGGAUUGGAUGGGAGUAACUCCACCCUCUCCGGCAGCGGCAGCAGUGGGGUCUCGUCCCUGAGCGAGAGCCACUUCGCCCCGCCCCCCGACACCCUGGACUCCGCCCCCACCCCGCCCUGGGCCGCCGACAAGGAGGCGGAGUCAGCCUACCUGCACGUGCGCUACGGCGUGUGCGAAUCAGACGGCCUGGAGCCCGGGCGAGCCCCGCCCUGCCGCAGCCACCCCGCCCCCCCAGAGGGGCACCACCACCACCACCACGCCCCCUACUACUACCACGCCCCGCCCCCCUCCGUGCCCCCGAAGCCACACCCGCGGGAGGGGUGCGUGCCGGAGGAGUGCGGGCGCCCCGCCCCCCGCUCCGUGCACAUCCCCCGCAAAAUCUCCCAGCAGCCCCUGCUCGGCUGCAAGGGAGACCCCGCCCGGGUGGCCUGGGAGCACACCAUCAGUGAGGAGUAGUGAUCGCUAUGGUAACGCAGGCUCCACUCUUCCUAUUGGCCAGUAGAGCCUCCUGCAGUCCUCCCAUUGGCCAGUAGGCCCUCCUGCAGUCCUCCCAUUGGCCAGUAGGCCCUCCUGCAGUCCUCCCAUUGGCCAGUAGGCCCUCCUGCAGUCCUCCCAUUGGCCAGUAGGCCCUCCUGCAGUCCUCCCAUUGGCCGGUAGGCCCUCCUGCAGUCCUCCCAUCGGCCAGUAGGCCCUCCUGCAGUUCUCCCAUUGGCCAGUAGGGCCUUCUCCAGUCCUCUCAUUGGCCUUCUAUAAGCAUUCUGGCAAGAGAAAUGUCAUAAAAAUUACAGAUAUUUAAAUAAGUUUCAAUGAAGCUUCUAGUCCGCAAACGACAUCAGCACUUUUAUUUACACCCCAGUGUAUGAGUGUUUGUGGGUGCUUGUGUGUGUGUGCGCGCGUGUGCGCGUGUGUUCAUGCAUGUGUGUAUGUUGAUUGUGUGUGUGUGUGUGUGUGUGUGUGUGUGUAGUGAUACGUCAGGCUGUCUGUGGUGUUGGGGACACCAAUGAGGAGAACAGCCUGUUUUUUUUCUUCAGUAAUUGUGUCCAGUUUGGGAUGCCGUAGUGCUCUGGACUAAUGGAGUCAGGAAGUGCUAUCUGGGAAGAAGUAUAAAUAUCUGUGUUCAUCCAAUGCUCUCAGAGAAUGCUUCAUUUAGACCGGAGCAUUCUGUUUAAGAUAACUUUCUGUAGGAACAUAUCAUGGUUAUGGAGAAUUCUUAUGUUGCUUUUUUUACUUGAGGCAAAACAGUGAUUCAUUCAUCAAAAGCAGUGUUUGUGAAACCAAAAUUGUUCAUUGGAGAUCAGAGGAGGAGGAUUUGCAGACAGACUUGGAGAGGGACUGCCAAGAAAGGUCAUGAAAAUCCAUACUUUAGCACUUAAUUCUGGAACACCAAAUAUUUUACUUAUUGAUGCCUAGUUUGUAAAUCAGAAAGGAAUACUGUGAUAUAUAUCAAUAUAAGGGAAAUGAGGGUCCACACUGCAGUCUGGGUUUAAUGUGGGGUUUGAACGUACUGUCCAUCAUGUGGUGUAUUAUUCUAAAAAACAAGCAUAACUGAGUACCACUGAGGCUGAUUCAUCCUGUGUGAGUGUUAAGGGACUGGGCGAGUGGGUCCUGUGUGAGUGUUAAGGGACUGGGGGAGUGGAGUGGGUCCUGUGUGAGUGUUAAGGGACUGGGGGAGUGGAGUGGGUCCUGUGUGUGU